UUCUUUACUAGUCUUGUUGUAAGCGUCGUUUGAGUGAGUGCGUUGUUCGGUGACUGCAUCAAUAGGAUUGAAAUUCUGUUUGAAUUCGCAGUUCUUAUUGAACGCUUGGAUAAAAGUUGCAUUCUACUCACUGGAAAACGGUUUUAACAGUUUGUGAGAAGUAAAAAUAAAUCGAAAAUCAAAAAAAGCUGUGCUUUUAGUUGCGUAAAAACAAAGGUUAUAUCUGUGACGUCAUGCUUUGAAAUAUUUUUUUUCACUUCACUUAUUGCCCAAAGCAGUGACAAAACUUGGUGAAAUUAUUACACAAAUAAACAAAGUGUAUGUAUUCAGUUGAGUUGAUAAACAUUUCGGAAGAAAAAAUAGUUUUUCUAGUGAAAAUCUGUUCGAAACCAAGCCCGUGAAACUAACCUCAAACAGCAAACAUAAAUAUACUGUGGGUUGUGUUCGUCAGCAGAAUAAGAAAACGAGGCUGUGUGGCAUCAAAAUAUUUUUAUUUGUCCCAAGAACAAGCAAGGAAGGAUAUUGCAUAUAACUUAGUGAAGAACAAAAAAAAAAUGAGUGCCGAAGUUAUUAUACCAAUGGCUGGUGGUUCGGGUAUAAUAUCGCGUUAUCGCACAUCAGAAUAUUUUGGCAGAAGACCCGCUUUCACGACGAGAAGUCCUUCGGUUGUUCGUGUAAAGCGAGAUCUUUUUGGCCCCGUGGAUAAGGAGGAAACAAACAAAAUUUUCAAGCGCGAGCUCGAGGUUCAAAAUGAACUAUCUUGCCAAAAAUGGGGUUUCAAUUUUCGCACCGGCCAACCCCUUGCCAAACACGACCGGUUCCAGUGGGAGCGCGUAGAGGACACUUCAGCACCGGCCUGUUUCACCGGAACAACACUAAUACGAGCGGCUCAUGUUGUGCCAAACACGACACCGACAACCUCCGAAAAUCUACUGGAUCAGCGAGCCGAAAGGGAAAAUAUUCUUACAUUUAGCACGGUAACCUCUUCCGAUAGUCCCACUGGCUCAGAUUCGGAAACCGACGGUUGUGAGACGAUUCGAACGUACCCGCUGGUGUUGCGUAGUGACAUGAUAACGACAUUCAAUGCCACCUCCACUGCGACAAUCACUACCACCAUCAACACCAGAACCAGCAGCAGUUCGUCACGCUCAACCAUGGCACAACGGCAAAAACGAAUGACAGAUUUUCUCAAGGAACGCAAGCGCCCCUCUACCGGUUCCGCAAAAGAUUCGCUAGCCAAGAAGGUCCGUCUUAUGGUGUCACCUGCUGUAAAUAACACACCUGAGUCGCAGUCGAGCCCGGCCUCGCAGUAAAAUACUAACCUUAGCUUCCGUGGCGGUGGCGUAAAAGAGGAAAACGUGAGGGCAGCACAACAGAAAUUUAAUUUUAUUCCAAAUUUUAUACAAAUUCAGGCAGUAGAAAAAUGUUGGAGCAUAUUUUUCUACUAGAGAAGUAAAUGGAAGAUUUUUAGUAUUUCCUACAAAAAUAGAAAUAUUAGAGCAAUCUGUAGCUCUAAGCGUACGAUGAACAAUGCCAUCUUACACUAAACUGAUAAUUUAGGUGUAGUGCGUAGAAGUUAGAUCGUAAACCAAUUAAAAAUUUUAGCACAGAAUAGUUUGCGUUCGAAACGUGAAGAAGAAGGAACUGAAAGCAUUGCUUGUCUUUGAAAGGGUUGUAAGUGACUAUUGCAGGAUCAUUGCAGUGACCAAAAUAAUUUGUGACUCCCUUUCAAAUAUGGUUAUGCGAAUCCAGUCGAUAAAAUUUUCGAUUUCGGAGAGCAAUUGUAAAUAUAUUUUUGUAAGCUGUUGUAAAACAAAUCAUUACCUGUAAGUAAACGUGUAGGGUUUUCUUGUGCGAUGUUUACUGUCUCUCCGAGGAGCACAUUUCUGAAAUGUCAAAUACGAGGUAUGCUCAACGGAGAUGAGUAAAUCAACAGAUCGAUCUCCUAUUUUGUUUUAACAUGUUGGAAGCUGUGACUCAAAGGACGGUAAACGAGUUCAAUAUUCCACCAUUAUCAAAAUGAUAAUGCUGCAUUGUUGGACUCAAAAAUACUAUCUGCGUUGAAUCGAUGGGUUUCAGCUUCGAACAGUCUAUUUCAAACUAUAAGCUAUCUAUCUCUCUUACCCUUAUCCAACUAGAUGAAAGCACCGACAAAUGCUUCCCGAUCAAAGCAUCAAUUUCACCACUGGAGCGGGAACGAUCUCAAAAUAAUCUUUGUUGCAAUAUUUUACUCGCGGACACAACUGCAAUACUAUUUUUGAGUGCAAUACUCCAGACCGCUCGAGUGGUGAGAGUGCUUACUGUGGAGGGAGGUAUUUAUCAAGCUUUAACCGCUUCUAUUGUACAAAUUAGAAUAGUUAACGAGGUUCCAUGCAAUAUUAGAAAAAUGCAAGCGGACCUGCCAUUGUGCCAACAUACCAGAAAGUGGAGAUAAAUUUUGCUCCACAUAGAGUCGUUAGCGAAUUAGAGUUAAUAAAGCCCUUCAAAGUAAAAAGCCAAGCUGUGGAUAUCGACCUUCGAGUUUUUUCCUCGAACGGAUCGAAUCUAAAAUUAAACUGUCAUCAUUCAUUAGCACGCAUCGUUUGCGUGAACCGUACUAACUAUAGAACUAAUAUAUGCACAAAACCAUUCAUUUGUAUUUCAAAUGCUUUAUUUAUUCAGACAAUGAUUGCGAAUCUUACUAUUUUUCAAACUCUUGCGUAUUGACUAUAUAAGAGCCCUGAACAAAUUUGUAUUGUUGAUGAGUUUCCUAUGGACGAUGGGAAAAACUGUGGGCCUCAAUGGACAGAAAAAGGUAAAAAAUACAGCAGAAUCCAUACAAAUAAGCACUAUUCCAGCUCCGAAAAUUUCACAUUUAAAUUUACUCCGAAUCACUCAUAUCUCAAAAUCCAUACUCGUUUAGUUAUAAGAAAAUAAAAUUGUUUUGGAUUGAUUUAUACAAAUUUGAUGAACAACUCGGUAAUUGAAUAUGAUAAAUAAAAUUGAUUGAAACAAUAAAACAUUUUUUCAAGCCAA